AUCACUUCAGCAGGUUGAACUUGUAAUGAAUGUACUGGAAUACUAACACUUACAUGAUGAUCUCCCUUUUUGUAGGUAGGGAUGAAAUAAGAAAAAAAUUAACUGUCAUUUAGACAAGUGUGCUUUAUAUUCUUAGAAAGGUAUAGGUUACAUCUGUCUUCUGUGAAGUCAAGGGCAUGAUUACAUUUCCCUCCUAACUCCUUCCUUUAAGGGUCCUCAGGCUAGAAUGGAAUGAAAUAGAAAUAAGUGAAAUGAAAUAAAGAUACUAAAGGGAUACCACCUGAAAUUUAGGGACUAUUUUUUGAUUCAAGAUUGUGUAUGUUUCCAUGGAGCCAUCUGUAAUGCUUGCAGGACCAGGGCUCUGAUCCAGAGAUAUCAGUAGCUCAGUAAAAAUUCGGAGAUGCCAGAGUCCCUCAGUAUUGGGACCUUUAUGUAUUUUGGGGGUAAAUUUGGUCUGAGCCAUUGGAAAUACCCUCAUGGAUUCACAGGAAUACCUUCUGAUGAUUUCUAUCAGUAGAGUAAUGCAACUCUUCUCCAGUCAGCUCUUACAGAAAUACUGGCAGAUUUGUUCUGUGACUGAUCUUUCUGCAGGGGAAAAAGAGGAUGAACAGAUAGUUGCAGAAAUCAUGAAGAGGCGUUUCUUUCCUGCUCUUAUAAGUCAUAAGACCUGGGAAGGCUUUCACUUUGCUGGCCAUGAGAUAAGAAUUACAGAAGCCACUGAUUGUUACGGGGCAGUCGUCUGGCCAUCGGCUCUUGUUCUGUGUUAUUUUUUGGAAACUAAUUCUAAACAAUAUAAUUUGGUUGACAAAAAUGUGAUUGAAAUUGGAGCUGGAACUGGGUUGGUCUCCAUAGUAGCCAGCUUACUGGGUGCCCUUGUGACUGCCACAGAUUUGCCAGAAUUACUGGGAAACCUUCAGCACAAUGUUCUUUACAAUACGAAGCUGAAAAGCAAGCACCAGCCUUGUGUUAAGGAACUGUCUUGGGGAAUUGAUCUGGAAAAGAACUUUCCAAGGUCCUCCUGUCACUUUGACUACAUUAUGGCUGCUGAUGUAGUUUACCACCAUCCAUUCCUGAAUGAACUCCUCCUAACUUUUGAUCACCUGUGCAAGAAUGAUACUGUUAUUCUGUGGGCUAUGAAAUUUAGGUUGAAGGAAGAGAACCAAUUUGUGGACAGAUUUCAGACACUGUUUGACUUAGAGAUGAUUUCUAAUUUCCCCAGUUUGAACAUAGCCCUGUAUAAAGCAAUGAGGAAAGGCAGGAUGAAAGCCAGCCUUCCAAAGUGCUCUGAAAGUGAGAUAUAGGAAGGUGACAGUUUCAGCUGUUCUGCGGCUUGUUCUCUUUUUAAUAAUUUCCAUGUUAGUAGCUGCUGACAUCUACAUGAAUGACACUUUUAGAGGUAGCUAAAGCAAAGCAUCUGAUUCCUAAUGCCUCCCUAACAAAUUGCUAAAUUCACUUUGCUGAUAGUUUUAUACACAGAAGAGAUGUACUUUUGACAUUUUCUUGACUUUUAUAUGCUAAGCUGACAACUCUAAUAACUUUCACUAGUCUUACCAUUAUUGUUAUGGGUCAUGUACUGAAUAUUUCCAAAAGCUUUUGGUUAUAGCUUUGAGUGGUGUCUUAUAUGAUCAACCAAUCAUUUAAAACUCAAGACUAUCAUGAAUCCUUGUAUUUAAAAUUUGGAGUGUUAAAUCUGAUCUUUUCCCAUUCUCACUCUCAUGUUAAUCCUCCUUUGGAACACCCUUAAUAGGAUGUUAAAUUAGCUGAGAAAAACCUCGCCACCUAUUUUGUCAUAAUACAGGGGUAGAAUAUAUUAGUUACUCUUUGAUUUAAUGACUGUACUUCCAUUUUUUUAUUUAGAUUCAGAGAUUCUUCAUCAGGGAGGGAGUUAAAUGUUUUGUUGCUUGAACAAGUGCUCAAUAUGUAAGUUGUAUAAGAAGAGUACAGCACAUCGCCAGCUGUCCUUUUCAAAGACCUUAGAUUCUUGGACGUCUGCUCCUCCAAAAAUAGAAGGUUAUCUGGACCUCAGAGAACAACAAUGGAAAAAUGACAGUGGCCAUGAAGGGAGGAACUUUGCAUUGCCAGCUGCUGGUGGCUGGAGGUAGAAAACUAAACCAGCCUGUCAUAGUGUGGCUGAGGCAUGGACGUGCUUAGAUAUUUGUUUGGUUUUGUAGUAUGGACAAAAUAUUUUCCUCCUAGUCCUCAGGACUGUGUGCUUCUGCUUACAGUGGCCUAUCCAAUAAUUUUCUUAUGGGGAGAUUAAUAAAAUUAUUCUUUUCACAUACGAUA